AUGCCACAGUCACCAGCUUCUUCAGGCGCACUCGAAGAAUUGGCUUCGCUUACCAACAAUGCUGUCCUUCUUAUUGAGGGCAUCGAGCAGUCCUUGAGAAGUCUGGACUGUCUAGCCUUAGCCCGCGACUCGGCAAGCCUGAUCAAGGCUUACUCAACCAAGAUUUCACUCUUCAUCAUAAACGAGCCCUUUACUCCGUCCGCCAUCUGUACCGUUCUGCGGCAGCUCAUCCAGGGCGCGGUUCCUGCUGUCGCCUCCGCUGUCCAGCAGUGCAACGCUGACCUCUACACGAAAGUCAUCCGUCGGGAUUUGGCCUGGAGGUGCGCCCGGCUUUUGAGGGAGCUCAGGGAGCUGCUCCAGAAAAUUCCCAGUGAUGGCAAAGUUCUGCCUGAGAACCAACGAAACGGUCUGUCGGGAGCAAAGGCAGAGAAGGGUAGUAUCGUCGCCACAGGCGUCCUCUGGGGCUUGUGUGACGAGGUCAUCAGUUUCGCCAAUCUCGGCGUGGCAAAACACUUGGUCCACAAAGCCGAGCAUUUACGGGAUACACUCAAGGAUGUGUUGGAGGAGCUGAAGGAGUGGAGUGAAGAGCAGGAUGGUGUGGACGAUGAUGAGGAUGAAGACGACGACGAGGCCGAACAUGAAAAUGAGGAUGAAGUGGAAGUUGACCAUCUUGCGGACGGCAUGAACAACACCCAUAUCAGCACGCAGGCCAUGCUGGACUCGUUCAUGGACUCUCAACAGAACAUUCCCCGCGGCGACCCAGAAAAGAUCAGAGAACGCCUCGAGUCAACAUUGCGGCGGUUGCGGCUCACGGUCUUGCUCUACCAAGCUCUCAUCAAGAGGAGGCUCAAGACCCUACCUAAGCUGCCCCUAACCCAUGACGCUGAUUCAGUGACUGUUUCCCGGCUGGAUGAAGUCAUGCCUCUGCUCAGGCGAAUUACGGAUCGUUUCAACAGCCUCGCGGUGGCUUUUUAUGAGCUUGAUUCCGCCGAGAUUACCACGCUUAUGGAUCAGUGUUUCUUCGACGCCUUUGCCGUGUCGGAGCUGUUGGCCAAGCCAUGGGAUGGCCAGCAGAAAGACGAGUUCACUGAAUGGGUUGCCAAGUUCCAGGUGGAAAUAAAAAAGAAUUGA